AUGUCUGGCCGUCAGGGUGGGGCCAAACUGCUGCUGUACCUGGGGCUGUGCCACUUGGGCCUGGGGGCCAUGGUCCUGGCCUUCUCCUUCACCAGCAUGGCCUUCACAUCCUCAGCCCGCGUCCGACAGUCCUGCCCCUUCUGGGCCGGCUUCUUUGUUGUGGCGUCAGGGUUAGUUGGACUUAUCUCAUGGAGAAGACCACUCACUCUGGUGGUGUCCCUCUUCAUGCUGCUGUCUGCUGUGUGUGUCAUCCUUAGUCUGGCUGGAUCCAUGCUCUCCUGUCAGAACGCACAGAUGGUCAAGUCACUCCUCACCUGCCAGGUGGAGAAUGGGUUGUGUGUGUGUUGCGCCCCAACACACUCCUGCUCUAUAAACGAGGAGGAGACCUUGGUACUCUACCUAAACGCAGACUGCCACUCUGUCAGACAUCAGCUCAAGGACCUGUUGUUCAGUGCUUGUGGUCUGAGUAUUCUCUCUACCAUCAUCUGUACUCUCUCUACUGUCACCUGUAGUAUACACAUCUUCUCACUGGACCUAGUGCACCUGCUCGCCCCGCACCGCUCUCGCUCCGUCAACCCAGAAUGCACCACUCCUCAGGACGCCUUCCUGACCAACAUCAUGGACUUUGAGGAGUUUGUCCCGCCCAUUCCUCCGCCCCCCUACUACCCCCCUGAAUACACCUGCAGCUCUGAGACAGACGCACAGAGUAUCACCUAUAACGGGUCGAUGGAGAGUCCAGUUCCUCUGUACCCCACUGACUGUCCCCCUCCUUAUGAAUUAGUGAUGGGACAGAGAGCAGCUAGCCAGGCCACGGUGUUUGACAGCCAUGGGAACGAGCUGUCUGGAGAGAGGGCCACAUCCACUGCCUUCAGCGGAGAGGUCUCCAUGGACAGUGGUUCUCUGUUGAUGUCGGAGAUCAUUGACAUCCCAGAUGACUCCUCACCUUCAGAGGACUCCUGCCUCGUGGGGAGUCCCCUGGUAGAGAGUCCCCUGGUGGACCCCAGGGCCAGGCGAUGCUACAGAGGAGAGAGGUCCAACUCCUGCUCCUCGUCUAGCACUGCUACAGCUACAUACAGGUCUCCAGUGUUGAGGCGACAGGCUAUGUUGGCCAGUAGUUGUUCCCAGUUGGAGCUGCUAGGGGGCGCCACCUCUCACCAGCGCUCCUCUAUCCUAGAGAAACGAGUCGGGCCUUGCACCCCUUUACGACGCGGUUCUGCCUCUGCCUCUGCAGCUCCUCCCACUUCCUCAUCCUCAGCUGUCAAUCAGCAGGGUGGUCAGGGCAACGGGGUGCCCCUCCCCCUACAGCCGUUGUACCUGCGUCGUCAGGGAGGAGGGAGCGAGAGGGGGGAUAGUGAUGGGCUUCUGCCCCUAGUGAGGUCACACAGCGAGCCUGGUCUCAGCUCUUCUGCUGAUACUGUUGACUUCAGUGGUGGCUCAGUGGGCAGUAAAGGAGUGAGGGAGAACUCUCAGACCUCUACAGACACAGGUCCGUCCUCCGAGGCAUGCCUGCAGCCCCGGUCCUCUCUGGUGCCCCCCUCAGCCCUCCUCCCCAGGAAGGGCAGUGUGAAGGCAGCCACCAUGGGGCGCACCUUGCCCCUCUCCAAAGGCCCCGCCAACUCUCCCUUGCACCUGCCCAAAGAAUGCAACCGCUCUCUUGGGGACCUCAAGGUGACGAGGGGGUUGGUGGCUCGCUUCCUGCAGCGCUCCAAACGGAACCUGGCGUCCGCCGCAGAGCAUUCUGGGAACACGGGACAGGGUCAGAAAAGGAGAGGCGGAGUGGAGGGCAACGGGACAGGCCAUCUCCCUUUAGAGCAGGUGUUACGUAACUCCUGGGGGGCCAGCCAGGGAUCCCACCCGCCACACCCUCAUCACCGUGGUCACCACCACUCCCAUAGCGACAGCCGCCACAACCGCCGUCAUAGCAACCAACCCCCUGUGACGGAGGGGAUCCACUUGCGCAGCUGCGGCGACUUAAGCUCCUCCUCCUCUGCGUCGCUAUGGCGAUUACUGACGCCCAACCUCCCUCACGGGUCAUCAGGGGCACUGUAUACAGAGUCAGCCCUGUGA